UCGAUCRGGGCUGGGCUGCAGGUCCAGGGCUUGGCUUAUCCUUCCUCCUCAAAGGCUGGCGCUGGUGCGGGCGCUUCCCUGGGCGUGGGGAAGGCUGCCGGCUGUGCCAGCCGUGACUGUGCCGUGGGCGAGCGGCCGGGAGGAGCGGAGCGGAGCGGGGCCGGGCUGGAGGAGCCCGCGGAGCGCUAUAAAGAGCCGGGGCAGGGGUGCAGCGCUCCGGCCAUGGGCAGCGCGUCGCAGUGGCUGGAGGAGGGCGCGGGGCGCUGGCCGCCGCCGGCCGGGCCGUACAGCGAGGCGCAGCGCCUGGCGCUGGAGGAGCUGGUGGCGGGCGGCCCCGAGGCGCUGCGGGCUUUCCUGCGGCGGGAGCAGCUGCCGCCCUUCCUGUCGGAGCCCGAGGUGCAGGACAUCGCUCGGGCCGCGCUGCCGCCCCCCGCGGGCCCGGAGCCGGCGGCGGAGCCCUCGGCCGGCGCCUCGCUCGACGCCUCUUCGCUCACCUACUUCCCCGAGCGCUCGGACCUGGAGCCGCCGGCGCUGGAGCUGGGCUGGCCGGGCUUCGCCGGCGGCGCCUUCCGCGGGCUGACGCGGGUGGAGGCGCAUUUCCAGCCGGGCUGCGGGGACAGCAUCUACGGCUGCAAGGAGGCGGUGCGGCGGCAGAUCCGCUCGGCGCGACAGAUGAUUGCCCUGGUUAUGGAUUCCUUCACAGAUACUGAAAUCUUCACCGACCUCUUGGAAGCUUGCAGCCAGCGRCAAGUUAAAGUGUAUAUCCUUCUAGAUCAGUCUUCAUUUUCUCACUUUCUCAAAAUGUGCAAGGAUCUGGGAGUUGACCUUGAGCAGGAAAAGCUGAUGAGAGUUCGAAUCAUCACAGGGAGCACUUACUGCACCAGGUCGGGUGCCAAAAUCAUUGGAAAAGUCCGUGAAAAGUUCAUGUUAAUUGAUGGCAUUAGAGUGACAACAGGCUCCUACAGUUUCACGUGGACAGAUGGGAAGCUGAACAGCAGUAACAUUUUGAUCCUGUCAGGCCCCGCAGUUGCACACUUUGACCUGGAAUUUCGGAUUCUUCAUUCACGGUCAAAGCCUAUCAACCUCACAGAGUUUUCCAGCAGCAAGAAGAACAGGGUAUGGGACCAGCUGUUCAGGAUAACAGUGGCUUCCAGAGACAUGAGCAGGGAACACUUCCUGAGAAUGGAAUUUUUGUAUCUGAGAGCAUUUGUAGGAGAUCUGAARAGGAAGAGGAGCUGGCUGCACGCCUCCAGGGAGGCAGUGUACAGCCCAAAUAACACGAUGCAUGCCUCCCCCCCGCUGACUAAGAGGAAUGGCUCCCUGGUUAUGAGGCCACACUGGAUCAUAGAGAGAUGAGCUGCAUGUCCAUGCAGAGUGAGCAGCAGAACCUCGAGAACCACGUCCAUCCAUCCCUGUCCAGCACUGUCUUGCAGUGUGUUUGUGAGAGCAGCCAGGAAAGAAACCUCAGACUAAGGGAAAGUGAAACUGGAAUUGUGGCUUUGUUUGAAGACUUCUAUAAAGCCGUUAUUGACUUGUACUAUUCUGCUGAAUUUUCAUUUCUCAACCUGUUCUUGCAUGUUUUAAGCUGAUGGGUUGGCAGUGUCAUAGCUCAGUAGCUCAACCCUUUUUCUUUUAGGAAUUCUAGGUAUUGAAAUUAAUAUUGCUUAAAAGUCUAUUCCAAAGAUGAAAGCAGGAUACUUGUAUGUAAAUCAGCCUUAGUCUUGUGUUGCACAACCUCUCCACCAACUGUUUCAUGACACAGAACUUGAGUAACCCUCAUCUAGAAACUAGUAGGUCAGUACCAUGAUAAUUGUCCUCAAAUGUUGCAUUUUCUUCACACAGAGUUGUGCUGGCAGGAAGAGCAAGUGAAUGUGUCAGGCAAACAAGGCUUUUUCCAUAUUAGACUAUUUGGAUUGUUGGACAUCAUGCAAUAAAUGUUUUCAAGUGCUAAUAUUAUAAAGGACCCACUAUGUUUGUAGUAGAGCCGAAUGAGACCAAUUUCUURGCAUUACCAGAUAAAAUUUUUGAGUUCUUUGUGGCUGCUGUUGCUGUCUCGUCUUGUGGGCUGAGUAGAUCUGAAAUCUGUGAACUUGCUGCCUCUUCACAUAAGUCCUAAUUUCACCAGAAACAGAAUGACAAAGAAGUCAACAACAUAACCAUUUUUAAAGUUUCAAAGAAGCUCAAUUUUUUUUAUUACUAUUCUUUAAUCCAUUCAUUUCUGGAGGAAAAAACACACCCUCAAAUGAAUAAGCUAUCCUCCCAAAUAGCUGCACAUUGAGGUACUGAAGUUCCAGCAGCCUGACAGUGCAGAUAUUGAUUAGUCAAAGCAAAGAUUCACCAUUUCUCAAGUUGUUCUUGUGUCUCUUCUACUGCAAAAUACUCGGGCAUAUGC